AUAUAAUAAAAAAAGGAUUUCAUCAAAGAAAAGUGUCGUUUUUGUUAUAAAUGACAGUUUAAUAUUUUAACAAUGUUUUUCGCUAAGUUACGAAUAUUUAUUCCCUCUACAAUUACAGUUAGAAACGUGGCUACAGUUAAAAGAUUUUAUAAACAAGCAACAGUUUUAUCGAAUGGCAAUAAAUUUGAAAUUGCUCUUGAUCACAGAAAAUUAAAAACUCCAAAGGGAAAAGUUUUUGAAGUUUCCAGUGAGCCAUUGGCAUUUGCAGUGGCCGUGGAAUGGGAAAGUCAAAAAGAAAUAAUUAAUCGAAGCUCAAUGCAUUUGACUUCUUUAUGCAACACGGUUUUGGACAAUCCUCACAAUAAUAAAAAAGAGGAUAUUGUAUCGGGAAUUGUUCAAUACUUGGAAACGGACACAAUUUUGUUUCAAUCAAAUGAUGAGGAGGAAUUGUACAAUUUGCAGAAAAAUAGAUGGGAUCCUUUAAUACAAUGGUUUUGUGAUCGAUUUCAAGUUGAUAUUAUUAAAACAUGUAGUAUAGAAGCUCCAAAAGUUACUUUAGAUACAAAAGACGUUAUAACAAAGCAUUUACUCUCUUAUAAUUUUGAAGCAAUUCACGGUUUUAAGUAUGGAAUUGAUACGAUAAAAUCUGUGAUUCUUACAUUAGCCGCUUCGGAAAAUGUGAUUGGGGUCGAAGAAGCCGUUGAACUUUCUCGAUUAGAAGAGGAAUAUCAGAUAAGUCAUUGGGGACGUGUGGAAUGGUCGCACGAGCUUAAUAAAUACGAUUUACAAUCACGUUUGGCCGCCGCAAUAAUUUUCAUUCAUUUGAAUUCAAAUUCUAAAACUUCUCAACCAAAACUAGAUGAAAGUAGAAAAAUGGAAUUAUAAAGAAAGAAAUUAGAUAAAAAUUUUUUUUGUUUACCAAUGAAGCCUUCAGUACAAGAACAAUUGUAAGCUGCGACAGCAUCAAUACAUAUGGCACCAUUUAAACAAGGAUUGGACCAACAGUCAUCAAAAUUAAUUUCACAAUUGAGUCCAGU